UAAUAUCAAUUCUAAGAUUUCUCAUGGUAUCAUUCGGGAAAAACACCCAUUAAAAUUCUUUUUCGAUCCUAAGUUUUCAUUUCCGUACUUUUCUUCAAUGGAGAAUCAAUCUUUAGUUUCCGCUGCAUCAUCAUCAUCAUCAAAAGGUCAGAAGAAGAAGAAGAAGAAGAAGCUCUACUUCCGCUGUUGUAAUGAUCAGAAAUUUGGGGUUUUUUGGCUAGAACGAUGAUGAAUUUGUAUUUGAUAGAGGUAAUUUUUUGUUAAAAUUACAAAUAUUCUCAAUUGUUAAUUCAAAUGAGGGUUUUCAACUAUGGGGUCUUGAAAUUGUUGGUUAAUGAUUAUGUUCUUUACAAAGAUUCAUUCAUAUUUUUAACCCUAACCCUUCUUUGAAGCUGUUUCUUCUUCUAAUUCUUCAAAACCCACCACUAGAUCAUCAUCACCACCAUUCUUAUUUUCUGCUUAUCAGUUCAUUACCCAUCAACUCAUGAUUUCUUUUCAAACCCUAAAAGUUAAAAUCUUCCUCAUCAACAAAAUCACCUUCUUUGGGUUUUUGGGGUUUUCCUUAAAAUCACAACCUUAUGGUACUAAAAUUGUUACUCUGUUCCCAAAUCAGAGUUUGUUGGUUUAAAGUUUUGAGAAUUGAGACAAAAUUUCGUUAAAUGGUGUUAGAAUCAAUGAAUCUGCAAUUAUAGAUUUUGGAUCUUUGUCAAUUAAUCUUUGGAAGUCCUGGUAGAUAAUUGGUUUGGAUUGAUUACUAGAAUGAUCAAAAGAAAUUACUUCUUGAAGAUGGGUCUCUUAUGUCGUAAAGCAGAAAUUACUGGUGUGUGAGUCUAUUUUUUGUUCACUUCUUGCUGGAGGGUUCUAUUGUAUUGAGGGUAAUAACGUUCAGUUAGAACUUAUUCAUUUUGGUCUCCUGAUUUGCAUUGCAAAUAUCAGACAGCUUGUUGCUGCUGUUGUUAACAAGACUUUUGAAACUCUGGUAUUGUUGUUACUGAAGCUCAUACUGAACUGGCUCAAGUAGAGCAUGAGAAGUUGAAUGCUAAGCUCAUAACCUAGUGGAGUUAACGUUUAAUGAGAACUGGUUCUACAUGUACAAGUGUUGAUACUACAUCUCAGGUAACAUUUCACAGCAAUACUACAUCUCUUUCAAUAAAUUUUUCAAUACCUUCAUUACCUUUUAAACAUUUUUCAAUACCCUUACAGAACUGGUACUAAAAUCAAUUCAAUACUCAGUUUUCAUCUAAAAUCAAGUUGAGUCUCUUAACCAACAGAGAACACCAACAUACCAACUGGUCCUACAAACUUUUUCAAUAGCCAGUUUGGUCACUUGUUGAUCAAUAUCUUUACAGAUUCUGGUCCUAAAAACUUACUUAAAAACCAGUUUCUAAAUAUCUUUUUCAACAAUACCUAAUAUCUUUACAGAACUAGUCCUAAAAUGUUUCAAUAACUAGUUUCUAAAUACUUUUUCAAUACCUAUUGCUGGUCUCCUUUGCUGGGAGUUUUUAAUACUGCUGAUAUUGCUACUCGUUGAACGAGUUUAGCUUGUUCUUUUCAACCAUUACAGUCAGAGUUGAUUGUUCCAAUGCUUCAUCAUCGACUACUUCUGUUACUUCAGCUUAGAAUGCUUACUGCAUUCGAAGUUCUAUUUGAUGUGAAUGGUUUUACUGUUGAGCUUGUUGCUGCAGUUUGAUACUUCCUUCUUUUACUUCUGAUAUUGUUAUUGGUUCUUUGUGGCUACUGGGAAUUAUUGCUACAGCUGCUGCUAGUUAUUCUUGUGCAUUUUCACACUUUGUCUACAAGUUUGGUCUGUUGAGGUUAUGCACAUGUGUUUGUUUGCUACAACAGUUGGUCUUUGAGAUCCUUCCAUUGAAUGUUUCUACUGUUAUCACUACUUCUUAAGGGUUUACUUGAUUACCAAAUGGAUCAACAAUGCACAAGAUAAGUUGCUACUUCACCUUGAGCCUCUGCUGCUGCUUCUUGUUCUAGUAAUGCUGGGGUUCUUCUCCAAGUUGCUGUCAGAGUUGGUGGUUUAACUUCAUAACCUGCUAUUGUCUUUGUUUGGUUUGUGAAACUGCCUCUUGUUGGCUGUAACCUUGAGACAAUAUUUCUUUUCUUAUUCUCUUCUUUUGUCGAGGGGGUGUAAUGUUUUUCACUUGUUUCCAAGCUAUUCCUGUGCUGUGCAAGUAAUAGCUUGUGGGGGGUGUAUUAGGAUAUAUAUUCUGUCUGUUGACUAUUGUCAAGGUUAUGUUGUGCACAUGUGUGUGUAGGUCAUGUGAGUCUUAUAAAUAGUCACUUGUCUAUCUGAGUCUGUAAUGAAUAAUAAUCCUGUAGUACCAAUUCUAAGAUUUCUCAUGAUGAUGGAAGAGGAUUAGCAAACACAGUGAUGAGUAUUAAAGAUGAUAAUGGUGUAGGAGUUAUUCAUUUUGCUGCCACAGAAGGAAAGUUAAAUGUUCUCAAAUACUUGAUUGAAGAAUUGGGACUUGAUGUUGACAUGAAAGAUGAUGCAAAAGGUGAAUCUCCAUUGUUUCAUGCAGUACUGGAUGGGGAUAUCAACACUGUUGAUUAUCUACUUGGAAAGGGUGCUAAUCCUAAUACAUCCAACACCAAUGGUUCUACUCCUCUGCACUAUGCUGCUCAAAAAGGAUACACAGAGAUACUCUCCAGAUUACUUUUCAGAGGUGUCAAUGUAAAUGGUUCAUGUGAAGAUGGCACGCUGACACCCCUAGAAGUGGAUGGUGCUACACUGUCACCCCUAGAAGUGGCUGCUGCUAACGGCCAACUCGAGGCGAUACAAAUUUUGUUGGAUCACAAUGCAGAUCCUAAUUUGAUGUCUUUUCGUUCGUAUACACCACUGACGGUAUCUAUUGUAUCUGGUCUACCCCAAUCAUUACGAUGCGUCGAGCUUUUACUUGAGUUUGGACACAUACUCUUAGAAAUUGCCGCAGUCAAAGGUCAUCAUCAUGAUGUUGAGAUUCUUUUCUCUGUUACUUCUCGUAUUCCGGGGUAUAUCGACUGGAGCGUUGGUGGAGUAAUUACACAUGUACAAUCUGAUCAAGCUAAGGAACAGUGGAAGCUGAAAGCCAAUGAGAAGUUUCAAGAGGCAAAGGAAAAAGGCGCAGAAGCAUUCAAGAAACAGGACUAUUAUAAGGCAUUAUAUUAGUAUUCACAGGCAAGCGAUAUUGCUCCUUAUGACGCAAAUGUACUUUCUAACCGGAGUAUGUGUUGGGCCCGUGUGAAAGACGGCAAGUCGGCUUUAGAAAAUGCCAAUAAAUGCAUAUUGCUAAGACCAGAUUGGCCUAAGGCAUACUAUCGGGCUGGUGUAGCAUACAAUUUACUAAAAAGAUACAGUUGUGCGCAAGAAGCCUUCGUCGAAGGUUUGAAGUUGAGUCCUAAUAACCAAGAGCUUAAAGAUGCAUACAGGGAAGUUGUUGAAGCUCAGUUGAAGUCCGCAUGACAUGCAAAGUAUCUUGCUUAGAAGAAGAUGGCCGCUUCUUUUUUGACAACUUUUGUAUGGAAUUUACUUCACUGUGUCUAUAUGUACAACCCUUUUCUUAGGUUCCUUUAUCAAGACAAUCUUGGAAACAAGUCAUGUCAAAUAUGUUCAACAUUUACCCUAAGUAUUUUGUAUUCUGUUUAAAAAUAUGUUCGCCUGAUAUUUCAAUCUCAUCAUUUGAUUUGA